CGAUUACCAUCAGGAUUUCUUUAAAAAUGUCUGGGAAGGCAAAAGAGUCGGCUGUAGACUUGGCAAAGUUUGUAGACAAAGGAGUGCGUGUAAAGUUAGCAGGAGGCAGAGAAGUGCAAGGGAUCUUGAAGGGCUACGACCAGCUGCUGAACCUGGUGCUCGAUGAAGCUGUGGAGUAUUUAAGAGACCCGGAGGAUCCCCUAACGGUAACCGACGAGACACGAUUGCUUGGACUGAUGGUUUGCCGUGGUACGGCUGUUAUGUUGGUGGCACCCUCCACUGGUAUGGAGGAGAUUGCCAACCCAUUCCUGCAGAAAGAGGACAAGGACGGAGAGGACGCGGGAGCCGCAUAGCCCGCUACAAGUUCCGUUUGGGUGUUCGGUCGGAGCAUCAUUGUUGCAAUUUGGAACACCGCUCUUUCCAGUGCCCUUUCAACAAAAUAACCACGCAUGCCAGUGCUACAUAUAUGAACUCCACCUGAAGUGGCACCAGUGCUAUUAUCCCAUACAUGGGGUUUCAUUAAAGCCGAUACUUCCUGCACCGAUUCCUUAACAUCAAUCAACGGAUUGCCACGACUUGCAUACACAGCUUGCAACAACCAUCAAGCCAGCCUAAGCGUCACUCAGCGCUGCCGGGUCUGCAUCGUCGGGGAUGGGCAACUGGUCACCUAGGCUGACAAUAUCCAGCACUGGGCUGGUGCUCUCGCCAGUUUCGUCAAGGGUGUCGUCGCACCCGUUGUGGUGGCUGACACUCCCGACCUUUGAGCCUACAGGACUGGAGAUGUGGUAACGACUGCAAGCAAACACAGAAAUCAACCAUGGAAUCAGCCAAUAAGCGUGGCGCUGUAAUAUCAAGCGAUGGAAUAUAAGUGGCUCACCUGUUUGGCACACGGGGGGAUACAUUUACAGACUCCGCAAUGUGAAGAGAGCGGGGCAUGGACAGAUGCUCGCUGCGGGUCCUGUUGACAGAUGGAAUGGCAAUCAGUUUUAACUGAAUUUGGCAGAAGACACUAUCGCAAGUUCUAAACUCACAUGAUUUGGGACGACCGGGCCGAGUCGGGAGGGUUUCGAGCGAAAAGGAUGAGUCGACUGACGUCCGCCAGUGCGUGGUCCAGCCUCUCGCACUUCGUUUUCCAAGACUCAAGCUCGCGCUGACUUUGGUCAUAAAUAGCCUUCAGCAUGUCAUGUCUCUGCAAGUGCACAGGUUGCUGGUGUAUCUACCAUGAGUGGCGACCCUUCGACCCUCACUUUCAUACCUUUGUAAGAUCAGCGU